AUGAUCUUCAGUGACUGGGGCCCAGAUGAGGGCACCUGUCCCUCGGGAUCAAAACCGCCAAGUCAUCAAUCGGGCUUGGCAGCACGGGCUGAGCCAUCACUCCCCACCGGCCAUGAUAGGGUUUCUCUGAUCCCUUUCUCCCUCUUUCUCCCAGCCCCCUCUACCCCGGACCCCCUUGACCGAGACUUCAGUUGGGAACAGCUAUGGGAACUGGAAAGACAGUUCAAGUUGGAGCCAUACCCAGACCUCGAGGCUCGAAGGGUCCUGGCCACCAGACUCAACCUGAAGGAGGAACAAGUUAAGACUUGGUUCAUCCAGCGUUCCUUGGAGCAGGAGAUGCGCCCUCGCAUUGCCAGGCUACAGCAGUCUGUCCGUCCUAACACCUCUCGCUGUGAGUCCCACAAAGCCCACUGCUGCCGGCCACCGAGCUGGCGGUUCAGGCUCAUUCCCAUUAAUUCCUCAGAGUCUUCAACCCGCUGUGAGCACAGUUGCUGA